UUUCCUAGAAACUGAGCGUCAGUGGGAUAUACCUGUAGGGUUACCAUAAUACACUUACCUUACAGCUCAACCUCUUCAUUUGGUUUCCAGAUGCUGCAGUCACUCAAUGUCCAUGGAGAGAAGAUGAACAAUGGUCAAAGAGCACCUGAGAACUUCUUGUCAUCCAUUACACCAGGGCUUAUUAAUGUAUCAGGAGCUGGUACUCCACCCAUGAGUACCAGGGCUCAGUAUGCUUCCAUCACUCACAAUGUCCAUGAAGAGAAGAUAAAAACGGCCAACCAGCAACUCAAAACUUCUUGUCAACUCUUCCAUCAGGACUUCCUAAUAUGACAGGGGCUAGCAUCCUAGCCAUGAGUACCAGGGAUCUGUAUGCCACCAUCUCUCACAAUGUCCAUGAGAAGAAGACGAAUAAUGGCCAACAAGCACCUGAUAACUCCUCAUCAGCGGUUCCACCAGGGUGUAGUAAUCUGUCAGGAGCUGGUGCUUCAUCCAGGAGUAGCAGGGAUCCGUGUGAUUCACCAGUCACAGCAAGGUCUCCGGUGGAAACUGUGCCAAAUACAGCACGAAUAUCUCCUGCUAUGGCAAAGAAAGUUAAUGAUGAUAUAAAACAUCAAUUGAUGAAAGAAGUUCGAAGGUGUGGGCGAAAUUAUGAAAGAAUUUUCAUUUUGCUUGAUGAAGUACAAGGAUCUAUGGAAGUCAAGAAACAACUUGUUAAAUUUACCAUUAAGGAAGCAGCAAGGCUUAAAAAUUUUGCCUAAUUCAGCAACUCAAGAAGGUGCUAAAAAAGUAGAUUCUCACUGCCAUCUCAGCAAAGUUAAGCACAUGAGAAAAAAUAAUUGUGUUUAUGCAAAUACCAAGGAGAAACAAGGAUAUGUGCUGUAAAGUGGAAUAAGUCAUUGCUGAAGCUUCCUUUAAUUUUGAAGUGAAGAAAAUUCCCUUCCUGAAGCUAAGAAAGAAAAGA